CAGCUUAAGAUUAGUUUGUAAUAUUUCCUUAUCUAAGGACCACGCUUUACCUUCUUACAGUUAUUUUAGUUCUUCACUAAAUUUUACUGUAUUCAGAAUAAAGCUGGAAUGUUUCUACUUUCUACUAUUCUUAGAUAGAUACAUGAAAAUAAAGUAGUGUCAUAUCUUCUUCAUUUUGUACACAUGUUUUCUUUUUCUUUAUUGAUCUUUCCUUUGAUUGAAUUGAUGAUAGAGGCAAAGAGCGCCGCAAACCAAUCUUUUUUCCUCAGAGAACCUCCACAAACGAACAUUGACAGGAAAGGAAAAUUGCAGCCAAUAGAAGGCUGCCAGGUAGCAAUAAUCUAUUCCCAUAAGAAAUAAAGGACCCAACCCUACCAACUUGAGGUCAGGGUGGCAGUUGGCAUAUUUGUUCGACAGUCUUCUCCCAUCAGCGGCGGCCAAGCAGAAGUGGCGAAGCCUGAAAGUGAGCUCUACGAAAGAGAGAGGGGCCAAACCAAGAAAAGCCAGGAGGGCUCCGACCGAUAUCUCCACCAGGAGUCCAGGACCUUGGUUUUGUUCCCUCCUCCGCUCCUCCACUGGGUCAUUGGGUGCGGCGGCUGGUGCGAGAAAGGUGCCAGGCACAACUUGCAAUUUUUGGGGAGUUUGUUAAGGAGUCGCACACAGUUUGCCUCUUCUCAGAUCUCCCUGUGGUUGAGCCGUUGAGGAAGAGCAAGGAAGCCCUGCGAGCAAGGAAACAUGGCAGAGUCGCUGCUGCUCCCCGUGGUGCGCGGCGUCGUCGGCAAGGCGGCUGACGCCCUCGUGCAGAGCAUCACUCGCAUGUGGGGCGUCGACCAGGACCGCCUCAAGCUCGAGCGCCACCUGGUGUACGUGCAGUCCUUGCUGGCCGACGCCGAGGCGAAGAGCGAGACCAACCACGCCGUCCGGACGUGGAUGAAGGAGCUCAAGGCCGCCGCGUACCAGGCCGACGACGUCCUCGACGACUUCCAGUACGAGGCACUGCGCCGUGAGGCCCUGAGCGGCCAGUCCAUGGCAAGCAAGGUACUGAGCAACUUCACCUCAAAGAAUCGUCUUGUAUUCCGUCAUAAAGCGAGCAGAGACCUGAAGAACGUGCUCGAAAAGAUUGACGAGCUCGUGACCGAGAUGACAAAGUUUGGCCUGGUGGCGCUUCCGGAGGGGCCGCCGCAAGCUCUUCCUCGGCAGACGCACUCAGCGCUGGAUGAAUCCAUGGAGAUAAUUGGCAGAAAAGAUGACAAAGAUGGGGUGGUGGAACUGUUGCUGGACCAGCAAGAUCGGCAGCAUGUACAAGUGCUGCCCAUCCUUGGAAUGGGGGGUGUGGGCAAGACCACGCUAGCCAAGAUGGUGUACAACAGCGACAAAAUUCAGAAGCACUUUGAAUUGAGGAUGUGGCACUGCGUGUCAGAAAAUUUUGAAGCUAUUCCUCUUGUUAGGUCUGUAAUUGAGUUGGCUACAAAUAGCAGAUGUGAUCUGCCUGACACGAUCGAGCUGCUGCGAGGAAAAUUGCAGGAAGCUAUUGGCCGCAAAAGGUUCCUACUCAUUCUCGACGAUGUGUGGAACGAAGACAAAAAGAAGUGGGAGGAUGACUUGAGGCCGCUACUCUGUUCUUCAAUUGGUGGAUCAGGAAGCAUGAUAGUUGUCACAAGUAGAAGCCGACAAGUGGCGUCAAUAAUGGGCACCCUUCCACCUCAUGAAUUAGUGUGUUUGAGUGAAGAUGAUUCAUGGGAAUUGUUCUCAAAGAAAGCAUUUAGUAAAGGAGUGCAAGAGCAAGCAGAGUUUGUCAAAAUUGGCAGAUGUAUCAGCAAGAAGUGCAAGGGACUGCCUCUUGCACUGAAGACAAUGGGUGGAUUGAUGAGUUCGAAAUAUCAAAUCCAGGAAUGGGAGGUCAUUGCAGAUUGCAAUAUUAGUGAUACCGAUAGAGGUAAAGAUGAGGUAUUGCCCAUACUAAAACUGAGCUACAAGCACUUGUCCCAUGAGAUGAAGCAAUGCUUUGCCUUCUGUUCAAUUUUCCCCAAGGACUAUGUGAUGGAGAAGGACAUGUUGAUUCAACUAUGGAUGGCAAACGGUUAUGUUAAUGAAGAGGGGACGAUGGACUUGACACAAAAAGGGGAAUAUGUCUUCAACGAGUUGGCUUGGAGGUCCUUUUUCCAAGAUGUGGUAUUAGUGAGGAAGCCCUAUGAUCCUUCUUAUUAUUCUAAAUAUGCCUCAAAACAAGAGAUAAAUGGAUGUAAAAUGCACGACUUGAUGCAUGACCUUGCAAAAGAUGUUGCAAAUGAAUGUGCAAAUGCGGAAGUGUUAAUUCAGCAAAAUCUGCCUGUAAAUGACGUCCGUCACUUGCAUAUUUCGAGAGAUGAUCAAUUGAACAAAAUCAGCCAGUUACUCGGAGGCACUAUGUAUCUUCGCACUUUGUUGACGCCAGAAUCAUCAUACAAGGAUCCGGUGAAGUUAAAACUGAUGUCAUCAAGAGCAUUAAGUAUUCGUUGUGGAGAUACUUCAAUCGUCCAUAUGGAGCUCACACACACAGCACAUUUGCGGUAUCUUGAUCUCUCUCGCUCAAAUAUUGUUAGCUUGCCAAACUCAAUCUGCAUGUUGUAUAACUUACUGUCUUUGAGGCUUAAUGGCUGCUCCCAACUACAAUAUUUACCUGAGGGUAUGAGAACUAUGAGGAAGCUCUGCCAUAUUUAUCUCUUGGGGUGUUGUAAAUUGGAACGAAUGCCCCCAAAACUUAGUGUACUGCACAACCUUCGCACACUAACAACAUUUGUUGUGGGCACAAAAGAUGGAUGUGGAAUCGAGGAGCUCGAAGACCUACGACAGAUUGGCAACAGGUUGGAACUGUAUAAUUUGCGGGAAGUAAAGUGUGGGUCGAAGGCCAAUCUCCAUGAGAAACAUAAUCUAAAUGAACUGUUGUUGUAUUGGGAUCAUUGUCGUGAUGAAUAUGACAAGUCUACAAUUGGUGAGGCCACUAAUCAUGAGCAAGUAUUGGAAUCUCUUGAACCUCAUGAUAAGCUAAAAAUUUUGGAGGUGCAUAGUUAUGGUGGACUCACAAUCUCGCAAUGGAUGAGAAAUCCUCAAAUGUUCCGGUGCUUGAGAGAACUCGUUAUGAUCGGAUGCCGAGGAUGUAAGGACCUGCCAAUAGUAUGGUUGUCAUCCUCUCUUGAGCAUUUGUGUUUACGGGGUAUGGAAAGCUUGACCACGUUGUGUAAGAACAUCAACGUGAAAGCUGAAGCAUACAAUACCUCUCUGCAAAUAUUCCCCAAGCUAAAGAGGAUGGAAUUAAUUGCUUUGCCUGAGUUGGACAGAUGGGCAGAAAAUAGUGCUGGAGAGAUUCUUAGCUCGCUGACGUUUCCCCGGCUUGAAAAACUAGAAAUUGAGAAAUGCGAUAAGCUUGCAAGUCUCCCAAGGUUACCGGUUCUCACACAUCUAUACCUAUCUGGUUUCCCCUGGAAUAAUUCUACAGGAGCUCUUAUUUCGAUGCGCAUGUCUUUGGGCUCUUUGCCAUCUCUUGUCCACUUAGAAAUAUCACAUUUGCUGGUAGAUGUGGUGAUGCCUCCAGAUGGCGAGGAAAGCCAGAGUCAAAGACCUUUGUGCACACUACGAUCUUUGGCGCUUAAGGGUGACGACGCCUUCAUAACGAUAUUUAAUAAAUCCAAAUUGCAACUUGGGCUUAGGGACUGGUUGGUCUCUGUGGAAGAAUUGAAUAUCAUGUCAUGCCACAAUAUUGUCCGCUGGCCCGUGGAGGAACUCCGUUGUUUUCCUCGCCUUCGAUCUCUGAACAUUUGGUAUUGCUCCAAACUUGAGGGGAAGGGCUCGUCAUCUGAGGAAGACGGAAUCCUUCCUCUGCUCCCCGAGUUUCCCGCAUCCCUCGAGGAACUCAGGAUUGACAACAACAGAAGUUUAGUGGCACUGCCUUCAAACCUCGGAGAUCUGGUCAAGCUGAGGAGACUCAGUGUGCUGUUUUGCGAGGCACUGAAAGCGUUGCCAGAUGGGAUGGAUGGUCUCACUUCCCUUGAUAUUGGAUUAUGUCCAGGGAUAGAGAAAUUUCCGCAGGGUCUCCUGCAGCGGCUCCCAGCCCUCAAAUACCUAUACAUACAUCACUGCCCUGACCUGCAGAGGCGUUGCAGAGAAGGUGGGGAGUACUUUGACUUGAUCGCUUCUAUUCCCCAUAAAUACAUUGAAGCACCCGCACAGGCAACUGAGUAUGUCAUCAGAUUGACUGCACUUGGACUGAUCACUGGAUGCGGCAAAGGACAAUACAAAAAAUUAGAAGCCUGUUCCAUUCUGUGCCACGGAAGCUGCUUCUUGUCUCGCUGAUCAAGGCACGCAAAAUGCACAGCAGUGCAGGAUGAUCGAGCACAUGAAGAAAACACUGGGAUGAAGAAAACUCGGAACAUCGUGAUACCUCAAAUUCUGCUCAACGCACAGCUGAGUGGUGGCAUGCGGGCCUGUGUGCAUAUCUUGAUGAGGGGACUAGAAUCAUGUUGUGAUCAUGCAGUUAGAUCAUCUCGUGUUGUGAUUUUAUAGUAUCUGUUUGACCCUGUAAUCAGAGAGUUUUCACCUUGCUGUGGAAUGUUUGACAGCCCGCGACUUAUUAUUGUUGCUCUGCUCUGCUCUUAUAGUGAAUGUUAGAUCAGCACUUGGUUGCUCUGCUC